GUGGAAAUAUGCAAUUGCAGGAAUUCUGCAAGUUCAUGUCCGAAGAAAAUACCGCAUGUGGUCCUGGGACAACAUUAAAAGUCACAGACAAAAUCUGAAGGCUUACAAAGUGGCUUAUAAAAGCAAACUGACACAGACUAAGCUUUCUGAAGAAGCACUGAAACAACUUCAGAACCUGGAAAAAUCACUGGAUAUUUUCAACAUCACAUUAGCAAGACAACAGGCACAUGUGGAGGUGAUUAGAUCAGGACAUAAGAUGCUGGGGAAGAAGGGAUCAGAGAAGCAGAGUGGGGGCUGGUUCCGUGGAUUCUGGGGAAGAAAAGAAUCCAAGAAAAAGGGUGAAGAGGAAGAUAAAUCAGUCCCAGAAAGUAUUAAUGACCUCAUGACUGCUGAAGAAAAGACCAAAUUGUACACUGCUAUUGGAUAUAGUGAGAGCUCCCACAACUUGACCUUGCCCAAAGAGUAUGUUGCAAAUGUGAUUAGCUUCAAGUUGGUUGCUACCUCCAUCACAAUCCGAGAGGAACCCAAUGUUCCAGAGAUACUGAACGUGCAGAUGAUUGAUCUGAGUACAAGUGUGUUUCAGCGUCCUGGAGCCAAAGGUCUUAAGGUAGAGGCUAGACUGGAGCACUGGUAUGUUACAGGUUUGAAGCAACAGAAUACAGUUCCAUCUCUCAUGGCUUCUGUUGGAGGAACAGAGUCGUCUUUGCUGAGUGUGUGUUUUGAGAUUAAUCCAGAGGAAAGCAAAGCAGAUCAGCUUCUAAGCGUCCAGUCCCAACCCGUGGAGCUGAUUUAUGAUGCUCAAACAAUAAAUAGUUUGGUGGAGUUUUUUCAGACUAGCCGAGGACUUGAUCUUGAGCAGCUGACUUCAGCCACUUUGCUGAAGUUGGAAGAAAUCAAAGAAAAGACUGCUACAGGUCUGUCGUAUGUUAUUGAAACACGUAAAACGUUUGAUCUCCGAAUCAACUUUAAACCAUCCUACCUUGUGAUUCCACAGACUGGUUUUUAUGACGUGAAUUCAAACUUGUUGAUUGUGGAUUUUGGAAGUUUGCAGUUAAACAGCAUCAGCCACGAUGACCAAAAAGCAACAUCACCAAGUUUAUCUUUGGAGGAAAUUUUGGAACGAGCAUACGAAAAAUUUGAUGUGGAACUCCGAAGUGUUCAGCUUUUGUUCAGCAAGCCAGGUACAGAUUUUAUCUAA